AUGUGGUCGCCCCCGGUGUACUUCUGCACGCGGCCGGGGCAGCUCCAUGCCUUCCGCUCUGCGCUCACCGAGCUGCACGGGAACCCGCUGAGGGCCUGGUUCCGAGUCCUAGAUCCGGACCAAUCGCUGCGGGUGACCUUCCGCGGCUUCCUGCGCUGCCGCCUGCCGCGGAGCUUGCGCCUCCAGACGGAGGAGGAGAUGGCCGCGGUCUGGCGGGCCAUGGACACGCAGUGCCAGGGCUCCUGCGGCUUGCGGCACUUCUCGCCGGAGGCCCAUGAGGCCGCGGCAGGUCUGAGGCGCCACGCGGCUCAGCACGGCGGCUGCGCCAAGCUUCUAGCCAAGCUGGAGGCCCAGGGCCAGGUGACGAAGCCUAUCUUUCGAAAGGCCGGCUCGAGCGGGCGGGGUGCGCCGGCGGACGUGUUCGCUGCCCAAACGUGGUGGAUCUCAGUCAUCCAGUGA